UUAGCCCACGGGGGCCUUGCCCUUACCUUGCUUCAACCCCACUUUAUCAGAUCAUAGUGCCCCUCUUUCUCUCUGUCUUGGUCUAUAAUCGUCUCUCUCUCCUGCAGAUGAGACCACACUGCAUGCCUUUAUCUCCCUCCCUCUCUCUCUAAACAGUUAGUUUCUCUCUCUUGCUUGCUGCGAUGCCACUGCUUACUUUUUUUUUUAUUUACAUGCUAGUUUCUUCAUCUUCACUUUAUUAAAAUUGCAGCUGUUAUCGUCUCUAGCUUAAGGCUCAAGCAUCGAACUGCCUGCUGUCGCCUGAGCUCAGCUGAGCUGCUGAGAUAGCGAGCCAGCCAUCGCUUUUAUAUCGCCCGCCAGGCCGUCUCAUCAUCAUUGUUGCCAUCACCUGCCGCUAGCUGGCCGGGCGCCAGCCCGCAGUAGUAGUCGUCAAGAAACUGAUCGAUCGCUCGCUCCGAGCGCACAACGGUCGGGCCGGCGGCGGGGGCAGCUAGAGAGGACGUUGCAGUCUCAGUCCACCGACCGACAUGGGGCGUGAGGCGGCGGCGACGAGGCCCAAGCUGCGGAGGGGCCUGUGGUCGCCGGAGGAGGACGAGAAGCUCUACAACCACAUCAUCCGGUACGGCGUCGGCUGCUGGAGCUCAGUCCCAAAGCUCGCAGGCUUAGAGAGAUGCGGCAAGAGCUGCAGGCUGAGAUGGAUCAACUACCUGAGGCCUGACCUCAAGAGGGGCAGCUUCUCCCAGCAGGAGGAGGACCUCAUCAUCAGCCUCCACAAGAUGCUAGGCAACAGGUGGUCCCAAAUCGCGUCGCAGCUGCCGGGCCGGACGGACAACGAGAUCAAGAACUUCUGGAACUCGUGCAUCAAGAAGAAGCUCCGGCAGCGGGGCAUCGACCCGGCAACCCACAAGCCGCUCGACGACGACGACGCCUCCGCCGCAGCCAACAACGCCGCCGAGGCGCCACGGGACGACUGCAACCAGCUCCCGGCCGCAACCGACGACCACUGCUUCGCCAUGGGCGGCGCCCGCAGCGACCCCAUCGCGCCGCACUCCCCGACCGUCAGCUUCGACCCGCUGUCCGUGACCAACGUCCCGGCAAUGCAGGGCUCCUACGGCGCCGCGCACUCCUUCCGCUCGGCGGACAACCUCUGCGACUACGGCGGCGUGGACGUGGCCUCCGACGCCGCCACAUACAGCGCCUACACGGGCGGCGGCGCCGACAGCUCCAGCAACAGCAACGGCACCUGGACCUGCGGCGGCAAUGUCGUCGGCGGCGGCGAGCCGAUGCCGCACAUGGACAUGUUCGGCCGUGACGCCGCCGAGGCGGCGUACCACCAGUUCGACCCGGCCAAGUACAGCCCCUGGCAGCAGCACGAGGCGGCGAGGCUCCACGACGGGGUCGGCGGCGCGGCGAGCUUCCCGAUCCGGUCGAUGUCGAGGGACCUGCCGGAUUCCUGCUUCGACCUCGCCCGCAGCGCGCUGGAGGACGAGUUCAGCGUCGACUUCCUCUGACCCCCACGCCGAGAGGUCGUUGUCUCCAUCGGUCACCCGACAGACACACAGAUAUACACACACACUUCACUACUACCUCAUCACAAGAUCACCCAACAAAAGAUACUCCAGAAAGCAUCCUGCCUGGCAUGUUCGUUAUUUUCUUCUCUUUUCAUCUGCUGGUCCUACUUAUUUGGAUCAAGUUGUUUACUUAACACACACGUUGGUAUAAUAUGUGUCCAUAAUAAGGGAUAUUAUAUAUACUAUAUACCUCAAUUCCUGGGGACCGAAAAUUGUAUGGGAAUCCAAUCGUAAUAUA